AUGAGGUCGUCACCACUGGUCCUGGUCCUCCUGAUCGGUGCCCAGGCUGUACUGAACAUGGGAGGUGGACUGGCCCAGUGUGCCGGGAAUGCCAACCUCAAAGCAGGACAGCAGACAAAAGCCAAUCACCUAUUAGGACAGCAGCGCCAGUCUGCGGUGCUGGCGGGUGACAUUCACAGGACCAGCCACCACAAGACCAAGAGGCGUCACCGGGAACCCUCACAGAUACCUGAUCCCUCCGUGCCAGUGGUGGAUCCCAAACUUUUUUCCAAGAGACGGUACCGUUCCUCACCACGAGUUGUCUUCAGUGAAGUGCCGCCCUCUCAUGACGCCCUGGAGGGCGAGGGCUAUGACACUGAAGGAGUGAGGGGGACUCGGGUGAGGCGCAGAGCAGGGUUGCACACAAUGCACAGAGGAGAGUACUCAGUGUGCGACAGCAUUAACACCUGGGUGGGCAACAUGACCCGGGCAACAGACAUCGCUGGAAAUGAGGUGACCGUGCUGCCCAAUGUCACAAUCAACAACGUGGUGAAGAAGCAAUUCUUCUACGAGACCACCUGCCGGACCCCAACACGAAGGGGCUCGGGAACAGUAAAGGGAGGAAAGGUGGGGGGGCGAGGUGGCAAACAGAGCUCCAAAGCGGGCAAUUUGGGCUGUCUCGGCAUCGAUAGUCGCCACUGGAACUCAUAUUGCACCAACACACACAUAUUUGUGAGCGCCCUCACUAGCUUCAAGGAACGGACAGCUUGGCGUUUUAUCCGCAUUAAUGCAGCAUGCGUGUGCGUACUCAGCAGGAAGUCUUGGGCGGGCCGACUGGGACGCUGA